GUCAAGACAGAGGAUUUCUCGACGCCGACGCUCGACUCCAACAGCUGACUGGAGCAGGUUGAACAUCAGAUAAUCCAUCGGCAUCAUGUCAAAAGAGAUUGACAGACGCCAGGUAUUGCACAACGUCAGAGUGCGGAAGGCCCUGAAGAAGGACGGCAGCUGGAUCAACAGGUCGAAGGAUGACGACACGACCCUUGAAGGGGGAGAUAAACCUGCUCCGCUGAGGAGGAAGUCGUACGUCCUGUCCACGGCGAGGAUUUUUGAAUCAACAGAUCCUUCCCAAAGUUCUUCCCCUCAAAAAGCAGAAAGUAUUCCAUCUGACAGUGAUUCAGCUAAUCAGAAAAAUGGUGAAAUUAAUCCUGCCCCGAAAGAUGCUCAGCCUCAGGGAUCAACGGUGGAGGCCACAGGCGAUGCAACCUUAGCGCCCCAAUCAACCACUGAGGAGGUCAUUCAAGACAGUACAACAGCACCGGAAACCGCAGUUGCAGAAAUAAAGGAGGAAAAUGCUAAUUUAUCCCUAGAUGAGUCAAAUGUGGAGCCCAGUGCGGAACCUGCUGAGGUCUCUGCAGAUGCUCACACUGAACAAGACAUCCAACAAGUUUCUUCAGCCAACGAAAAUUCAGAGGCAGCGUCUUCUCCGGGGUUAUCUGAGCAAACACCUGCCAACGCAGCCGCUGGACAUGAGGAUGGUCGUGCUGAUGAACCGACUGACCCGUCAGCCACAGAUCCCAAUGAGACCAAGGUCUCCGGAGAUGCUGAUGUAGAAAGUCAUGAUUCAGAGGUGGCUGCUGUUGGUGGCACUGCUGAAACUCCUGCUACCCCCGUAGUUGAAGUGACACUUCAAGAGGAAUCUUUGGUCAAUUCUGAGGAAGCAAGUGCAACGAGUUUGGAGGAUGCAGGUAUAGAAAUAUCUGCACAGCCAACCGGGGAAAGUUUAGAUAACUUCCCCACACAGCAGGCAGAAGAAGAUGUUGUAGUUGCUUCUACUGAAGUUAUUGCAGAGUCACUUUCUGAGACCAGUGAUGUGACUAAUGCUGCGUCAGGACAAGAUGCUUCACUCCAAGAAAGUGAGCCUUCACUUCCUGAUAUAUUGGUAGAAACUAUGCACCAAUCACAUUCUCAGCCUGCAGCCCAAAUCCCCACGGAUGUCAGUUGUGACGCAUGUCCCCCAGUGCAAGACAUAAAACAAAAUGUUGAGACUGUUGCUGAGUUUGAGGUUGAGGAAUCGUCGGAGAUCACCCUGCCGGAGACUUCGCCCGUCUUUGAUAACGCAGCAGCAGAGGAAGAGGUUGCACCUGAAAACAGUGCACAACCAGGCCCUGGACCUCUGCCUGAAUCAGAUGGUCAUCCCACUGCUGAAGCUACUAUAAAUGGCAGUAAUGAGCUUUCAUCUUCAGAACAAGGUACAACAGAAACUGUUGAAGCUGUUGCUGAAGUCGAGGAAACGCCGGAGGCCCCUGCUGCUGAUAACGCAGCACCAGAGGAACAGGUUGCACUAGAGAGCAAUGCACAAGUCCCUGAACCUCUCCCUGAAUCAGAUGAUCAUCCCACUGCCGAAGCCACUAUAAAUGGCAAUAAUGAACUUUCACCUUCAGAAGUAAAUACCAAAGAAAUUGUUGAAACUGUUGCUGAAGUCGAGGAAACGCCGGAGGCCCCUGCUGCUGAUGACCCAGCACCAGAGGAACAGGUUGCACCUGAAAACAGUGCACAAGUCCCUGAACCUCUCCCUAAAUCAGAUGAUCAUCCCACUACUGAAUCUACUCUAAAUGGCAAUAAUGAACUUUCACCUUCAGAAGUAAAUACCAAAGAAAUUGUUGAAACUGUUGCUGAAGUCGAGGAAACGCCGGAGGCCCCUGCUGCUGAUGACCCAGCACCAGAGGAAGAGGUUGUACCUGAAAACAGUGCACAAGUCCCUGAUCCUCUCCCUGAAUCAGUUGAUCAUCCCACUGCUGAAACUACCACAAAGGGCAGUCAUGAGCUUUCACCUUCAGAACAAAGUACUGAAGAAAUUGUUGAAGUCACUGCGGGGGUUGAAGUGGAAUCAUUACCUGAUAUUCCUGCUGCUGACGAAGCUGACGAAGCAACACCGGCAGACGAGGCCGCUCCGCUCACCAGUGUGCAACCAGUCCCUGAUAAUCUGUCUGAAUCACCUGCUGCUGAAGCUCCCGUCAGGUCUGCAGAGUGUGAAGUGGAGUCUGCACGCCUGGCAGAGCCAGAGACAGCGAGCAGAACCGAAGAGGUGGUCGAGUGUGAAGCCCAGUCUGAGGAUAACGCCGAACAAAGUGUCGAGCCAACACCUGAGGAUGCAGCAGACCACAUGCCGGAGCUGAAUGUCGAAGACGCUGUUAAGCCCGUGCCUGCUGCACACGCUGAAGCUGUUAGUGAUCAUUUAGUCGACAGAGUCAUUGAUCUGACAGAUGCAUUAGAUGUGGAGGCCCCUUCAGCUGAAGCUGUUCCCGAAGCUGUGGAGGAUCCAGAACAAUCAGUCCCAGAGGAGCCCGGGCUGAAAGAACAGGCUGAUAAUACCAACAUCUCUGAAAUCUCCCAGAAGCCUGCAGAGGAGCACAAUUCCCCUGAAACUCUGAAUGUGUCCAGUGCGGGUAGAGCUACCUGCUCUUUCUGCAAACAAGUCGUUGAUGGAAAUGUCAAGAUCAGUCUUGGUGAUUCUCUAAUAAUCUCCCAUGAGGAGUGUCUCAAGUGUGGUAUCUGUGCAAAGGCCCUGGGAGACCUGUUGACCAACAUGUACUUGCAUGAAAACCUGAUCCAGUGUGGCGACUGCUUCAUAAAAACUCUCAAAUUCUGAUGCUUUUCCAGAGCAAACAUGUUUCCCCUCAGCAUAUCCUGUAAAUAACGUACCGUGUAAGCUGUGAACCUUGCCAUUGGCUUAACUCUGAAUCCAGUUGUUGGUAACAAUUUUUAUUAUUGAUAAUAAGCACGUGUUAUAUUGUCAUGUUUCAUAAUUGUGUGAUUAAAAGACCUUGCAGCAAUAAAUAAAAAUAACAUUCUUAAUAAUAAACAUAAAUGAAGUAAAACAGCCUGUUGUAUAUGGGUAAAAUAAAACUCCAAUUAA